AUGCGAAUUCACACACUCAUACCACUACUCGUCGCACCGGCCCUCGGCCAUCUUUGGCAGCGCGACGGAGGCAGCAUCAUCGACUCCAUAUCGUCCAUCUCGACUGAGCUCUCUGCAAUGAGCGCCGCUCUGGACAAGAUCCAGGGCCCCGACGACGCCCAAGCCGCCGUGGAUUUCCAGAACCAGGCCACGCAGCUGCAGACCGAUCUCCAGACCGUCACAGACUCGGUCAAGAACUCUGCGGCUUUUGACGACGAGCAGUCUUCCGCCGUCGCAUACUCUGUCGUGGGCAUCACUGAUGUGACGUAUGCCGUGCUUGGAAAGGUUGCCGCGAAGCGCGACGUGUUCGACAAGCUGGGCGGGAGCGCCAUCACCGGGCUUGUGCACGAUGAACUGCAAGGUCUGCAGAAUUCUACCAUGGGAUUCGGCGCGGCACUGACGGGGAAAUUUGUCAAGACGGUGCAGGAUGUCGCCCCUCUUCUUCUUUCCUCGUUGGAGUUUCAUUUCUACGAGACAAUCCAAGUCUACGCAAGCAGCUGA